AUGGAUCACAUGCGGCGCCAGGCACUCAUAUGGAGCAGAGACAUUCACAGUGCUGGGCUCACCUUCGAGGACAUGCUGCGCAUAGCAGAUGGAGUGCAACCGGAACUGGAUGGAUGCGAGAUCUUUUCCGGUGCUGGUAACAUCUAUACUGCUAUGCAUUUGCGAGACUUGAAAGCCGAGAAGUACGACAUCCUGGAGAACCCCUUAAACGACGCUCUGACCAACUUAGGUGCGACACGUGCCACAAGAAUGGUGGCACGUGUCCGCCCUGGUGGGAUGGCCUGGAUUGCUUGUGAUUGCGGCAGCUUCUGUCACCUCUACAGCCAGAGUGGCCGCUCGAAAAGCAACCCAGCUGGUGACGAGACGCGGUUUAAAGUGGAGCAGGGCAAUUCCAUGGCUCGACUGAGCAUUCUGCUGUUUCUGUUGAGCUGGGUCCGUGGGGUUUUCCCCAUCCUGGAGAACCCCCAGGCUAAUUAUUUCUGGAGUUAUGAGCCCAUCGCUCGCACUUUGUCUUACAUGGCCGCCCAUGUCACUGUCGCCAUCUGCUGCCGCUGUCGCUUCGUUACAGCUCGGGAGAAGGAGAAGAAACCCUAUAAGCUUGUUGGCACUGCAAGCUGGAUGGGUGACUUAAACUUUCCGUGCAAGUGCAAGAAGGAGCACAAGAAGCUGCAUACAAGGAAGGUGGAUGCGCAUGGAGUUGUGAAGACCACAGGGAAGGCGGCUGUGUUGAAAGCUUCGGGGGAAUACCCCCUGAAGAUGGCCAAGGCUAUGGUGGCUGCAUGGAUGCUGCACUACCGGAAGCCUCAGCCCACCAGUGCCUCAGAUGACGAUUGGUGCCGAAAUUUGGAGUGA